AUGCAACGGCAAAUAAAUUUCACGGGAGACGCAGCGGCCGAAGGCUUCAUUAGAGGCGCAGCGGCAGAGAGCUUCACCGGAGGCGCAGCGACGAAGAGCUUCACCAGAGAAGCUACGGCCGAGAGCUUCACCAGAGACGCGCGGCAGAGAGCUUCACUGAAGACGCGUGGGAAGAAGAAAGUGAUCGGUGAUACCGAGACGGUGAGCUUCAUCGGAGACGUAGCUGCGGAGAGCUUCACCGGAGACGCAUCAGCAGAGAACUUGAGAGUUGAGUAUUUGUCUGAUACCGCAUGCGAACCCCCAAAAACGAUUGAGAACAAGCAAAAAGUUUAUGUAUCGACUAUGUUAUUGAUGGUAGUGCUACUAUCGAUUUCUCAAAAUACGAAAGGGAAUGCAAAUGUUCCGCUUGCUCCAGUGUCAGAGGAAGGAUUCCUACCAAAUCCACUUCAGUGUGUAAACGAUGUUAGGAAAGUUCCAGAUUGCAUAGGUGCAGUGAAGAAAUUCCAGUUGAAAAUUAUCACAAAAGAAUGUUGCUUUGUUCUACUGAAAGCCCCGGAAGAUUGUCUUGGGAUGUUAUUUCCUGCGCGUUUUGUUAUUAAAAUUAUGCUUCAUCUUACAUGUAGGCUUAUAGGUAUACAUGGUUAAGAAUAUUUUUUUUCUUAAUCCUAUAUCUUUAAACAUUCUACGUAACAACAAAAUUUACUCGUAUUAGUUAUGUUUUUUUAAUAAUAAUUUUGUUUCAUAUAUAAUUAACUAGCUAAUAAUGAUAUCAGCAUUAAAAUCAUGCUUUAACCUUUUUGACCAU